AUGGCACCGCCAUUGACGACGGCAGUGCAGCCAAAGCUGCAACCUAUCGUCAAAAACACGGCGUCAUCCUCCAAAUCCAAGCCCAAGCCAAAGACGACCUUCCUCUCUCUUCCUCAGGGGUUGCGAGAUCAUGUGUACUCCUACCUACCUUUUCAAGCCAAGCAGCGCAUCUGCAUCGUGCACAGCAUAGGCAGGCAUGACGAGGUCCUGGAACUUGCUAUGCGCCUCUCCCAGACCUGCCGCACAGUCAGCAAGGACAUGCAACAAGAGUUCUGGGCGUGUAACAAGUUCUACUGGUACGUAAAACCGGGCGCAGAGCCAGGUAAGUUUCGGGGUCCGUGGACGGCGGCAACGGUGGCUCGUAUCAGGGACUUGGAGAUGGCACUUGUGGGCUGUUUCUGGGUGAGCGGAAGACGCUAUGUUGGUUGGAUCCAUUUGGUCGAAGAGGAUGGGGUCUGGGUUGCGCGGCUGUUGUCCCGCAAUCGGGGUCAAGGGGGUCCGGGCGUGUAUGCAUCUGACGAGGAGAAGGCGAAGUGGGACAAGAGAGCCAAUGCGAUACGAGACAAGAUGGAGGCGAAGGCAAAGCCGUAUCUUGCUCAGGCAGAGCUUGAGCUCAACAAGCGUGGCUGCAUCACCGUGAAGGUGCUCCAGAUCUUGGACGACAUGCGAAUACCUCCAAUCCAGAGCUCCUGGCGCUGA